GUGUGAGGUUUGAAAUAACCGGACAUUAAGGAGGUUUGUGGGUUUAAUACCAGUCUCUUUUCGUGUUGUAUUUGUCUGUCUUUUGGGACUACCAGGUUUAAGAACGUGACUUAAAUGUUCAGAAUAUACCAGGUAUUUGGAUACAAUAAAGAAAGCUAAAUGUUAGGAAUCAUUUGAUUUCAUUAAGUACUCAUAUUUUUUAUAUAAACUAAAAACACUGGAGGGAAAAAUGAAUUAACCUUCACUUCCACUAUGGCUGUUCAUGCGGUCUGUCAGGCAGGUCCUUGCCAUACUUUACGACACUGUUGUCAGUGUAUUUAGAUGGAGUAGGGCGGUGGCCAGUGAAUGAAUGAUCAAAGCCUUAUUAAACGCUUGAUGGGCGGUGCAUGUGCAGUAUUUACACUGGGCCGCUCCGCCCUGUGGCAGGAGAUAGAAAAACUGUCUGUGGGCCGGUGGAGGGAUGAAACAAGUGAAGGGGAUGUAGCAGACAGGCUCACAUUAGUAACUCCACCUCACCCGCUCCACCUCGUCGGCUCCACUCCUCACACUCCGCUGUAGCAUCCUCCUUUUUGCAGAGAAGGACGAGCGAUCCUUAGCGGCGCUGCACCCGAGCUUCAUGGCCGCGACCCUGGCGAUGAGCGGCGGCGCGCAGGAGGAUCCCUUCUACCCACUGCAGAAGGCGAUUAUGCCUGCAGGAUUCUCCCUGGAGGACUCGCUGUUGUUCGGCUUGGACUGCAAGAUCACAGAAACAGACAAGACUGGACAAAAUGACUACGCACAGGCAAAGUAUGAGAUGGACAGGUACCUCUCCCCUCAGUCUCUCCCGCUUCAACCUCACUCGGAUAGCCAGCAGAAGACUCAGAGAGACUGUGUGUCCGCGCUGGAUCAGUUCUUCACUGAUAACCAUGCAGGGGCUCCCUACACCCUCAACAUGAAUCUUUACCUCCCCGACGCCGCCUACGUGAGGAUGGGCUUGUGUCAGCAGGUGCGGCAGCCUCAGCAGCAGAACCACACAGGUCUCACCCAAAUCAAAACAGAAUCUGCCUCCCCGUGUUUCUCCCCCAACAUCCAGCUGCACUGCCCAAACACGACACCCACCAGUAACUGCAGCACAUCUGGGCAUGGCCCCGGCGGUAUUGCCAUGGAAACCUCAGCCAUAAACAUGACGCUAACAGGGUUACCGGACUUCACCAGUGUUUUUAACCAGUCGGGAGGCGGCCACGGUGAAGAGUCAGUGCCAGAAGUGUUCAUCAAACAGGAAAUGUCACCUCAAUAUGAGCAGCAUGCGCUCCACCACCAUGACAACAGCGGCUCGCUGUUCCAGCUACUCAACUCCGGCUUGGACCAUCACCAUGGCAAUGGUAUGGAGGCUCAGCAUCACCAUCAUCAUCAGCAGCAGCAGCAGCAGAUACAGCACACUUCCACAAUCCACACGCCUUUCCACGACAUGCCGGUAGCUUCUUCUGCGUCUCAACAAGAGCAGACUGCCAAGCGUGCCUACUGCGGCCUGGGUGGCAGGGCGUACACACACCCCCAUGCUCAGGCACAUCCUCACUUCCUCCAGCACCAGACCCCCUACCUGCCGCCCUCUCCACCAAGCUCAGAGCCCGGUAGCCCUGAUAGGCAGAAGGAGCUUCUCAACGCCAUGUCCCCUCCUCCCUCGUAUGCAGCAACCAUCGCCUCCAAGUUGGCAGGAAGCACCCCUGGACUCGGCCCCGGCCCGGGACCAGGCAGCUCAGCCCUUCCCCUCACUUCAGCUCCCACACCGGCCCCAGGCCAAGCCGCAGGCCUUCCCCAAGCACCUGCAACAACCCCAACCCCUGCCCAGACCACCAUGUCUGCACGCUACAACCGGAGGAACAACCCCGAUUUGGAGAAACGACGGAUUCAUCACUGUGAUUACCCAGGCUGCAAGAAGGUCUACACCAAGUCGUCACAUCUGAAAGCCCACCUCAGGACCCACACGGGUGAGAAGCCGUACAGGUGCACUUGGGACAGCUGCGACUGGCGUUUUGCCCGUUCCGACGAGCUGACGCGCCAUUUCCGGAAGCACACGGGCGCCAAACCCUUCCAGUGCGCCGUCUGCUCGCGCUCCUUCUCCCGGUCCGAUCACCUUGCUCUGCACAUGAAAAGACACCAGAACUAGCAGCUUUUGCACACACAUACACACACACACACACACACACACACACACACAGACACACCAAAAAUACACAAGCACUAUGUUGACACACACAAAGCGCUCACUUCAUCUUUUACAAUGUUACAAGCUGCCUGAUGACACCACAGCUGCUCCCGGUGCUGCUAUCCUGUGCUGAGACGGUACGAUAGCCUAACAAACAUGUUGCUUUUAAACGCGAGUGGGACAACUUGGAGGGUGUAAGGCAGAACAAUAAUUGCCAGAUGUAGUUCCUGGUCCCUUAAACUCCAGAUAUACUUAGUAUAGAUUUAUUUGGACAAACACAGAGAAGAAAAAUAAUAAAAUACAGAAAAUGGUAGCUCCAAAAGGUGUCUCCUGUCCAAUUGGAGUCUUUUGUAUGACUGGAAUGAAAGCACUUACAGCUCAAAUUUGUACAUCUUUUGUCCUAAUAUAGACAGUUUUUUUUUCCGCAAAACUGGUCAAACCAUAUUUUUUUACUCCAUGGUUUGUUAGUUUGCUCGUAUAACUGGAAUAUCCAGGUUUUGAGUCGUUACCAAACCCUUCGGUUUGCACUAGAAAUCUUAAAUCGGAGCCUUUUUUGGCCCAUGCAUCUCAUUCACCCCUGGAAAAAUCAUUAUCACUACUGGACUGAAUAUUUGUGAACGCCACACAAACCUUUGCUGUUCAGAUAUUAAAAAUUGAAGGCAUUUAUACUCUGGAGAGGAAGAUAGUGCAGGAAAAACAAGGGAGGGGUGGAGAUGAAGAGAUAAAAAGAUUUUUGUUUUUAGAGAGAGGAGAUCUGAGGAUGGCUGAGACACAGAGGAAGGUAGAUGGAUGCUAUAGAGCAGCAAUUAGGUGAUCAAUUAUUCAUGUUGUCUUUUGACUAAUUUCCAACCAGAGAAAUGUAAGCAGAACCCGUGGACAUAUAAGAGAAUUAAUUCAGUUAAACUGAAAUUGACUUAUUUGAUGCACAAGCUUGAAUUAAGCGUCUUCAACAUACAGUUACCAGUACAUUUAUCUCAUCCAGCCUUUUUACUUUCAACGGUUUAACCAAAGUAUGAUCUUCAUCCUCAACACCUUAUUAAGUGCCUCCUUCUCUGAUUUGUAUGUGUUUUUGUUAAGUGGUAGCAGAGCUGUGAUCAAUGUAGAAAGUCCUUUUAAACACACGUGGUGCUGUUUCUAUUUGUUAAUCUAUUGAAAGCUCUAAAAAAAGUGAAUUAUUUUUAAAUGACAUGUUUACCCAUCAUGCGUUGUGAUUUAACAGAUUGGCUCAGGCCAAUUUACGGACAUCCUGACAUUAUGUGGAUUCUUUUAAUGAAAUUACAUUCAGUCCUCUCUCUGACUCUGUACACAACUAACUUGCAUUGUGGCUCUAUCAGUCAAUCAAAAAUGGACAUGUUUUGUUAAAGGAGAAGUUCACAAUAUUUAAAAGUCUGUAUAUUGCAAACGUUGGUUGCUGCAGCUAUCCCUGGUUAAAACAUGUUCAAUGUAAAUGAUGGGAAUCAAAAAACAACAGUCUUUGUGAAAAGAUACGAUGAUUUGAGGCUUCUUAUUUCAAAUAUAAUCAAAAACAAUAACUUUGUAAAAAUCUGUGUUGAUUUUGAAUCAUUUGUUAGCUCAUAGAUUUUUUUCUCACCAAACAAGCAUUUUGUUCCCCAUCACUUCCAUUGGAAUUGCUUUAGGGAAAGCUCAUGUUACAGUGAGUAUAAUGGACUCUUUUAAUUGACAUGAGAGUAUUUUUAAAGACAGAACAAAGGUGAACCUUUUAUUAUACACUUGAAUGUCCGUUUUGAUUGUGUGAUUCAGCCUGCACCUAUAACUGUAUCUGUUCAUUCACUGCAGGUAGCAUAAAGAUAAUAUAGCACUGUAAUGUAUCAUGGUAAAUCUGACUAUUUAUUUGUGUAGAAGUGGGGGUGGUACCAGAUCAAUCGUCUUUCCCCCCAGCAAAAAUGCCUUAAUGUAAAUAUAUGCACUGUAAAUAACUAUUGAUUUUUUUUAAAGUUUCCCUUUUGUUGUUAUUGUUUUGUAAACAAAAGGGCGACAAGAGGAAAAUGCCCUGCAUCCAAAAAUAUUUGAGCCUGUUUUUUUUAUUUUUUAUUUUGAUGCCAUUGUUUUAUAUAUUGUCCUUCCAGCAACUUAUUUUGUAGAUUUGUUUUCUUCCUAGGUAAACGUUCCAAAGACAAAAGUUGUUUUUUCUUCAACUGAGUGAAACCGAUCCUAAUAAAGUCAAAUGACACUUUUACAGA